GCGGGAAGGUUGUAGUGCCGCGCGUUGCUCUCCUUUCGCCUGUCCCUGAGUGGUCGCGCCCCCCUUGCGAGCCGCCGCGUGGAGGCUCUGCAGUCCCCAGCGCCUUCGGCUCCCAGGUGAUUGUAAAGUGCUGAUUGGUUGUCAACGGACAUAAUUGAAACAGAAUAGGAAGAUGGCAGCAAAUCCUUCAGGACAAGGUUUUCAAAACAAAAACAGAGUUGCAAUCUUGGCAGAACUAGACAAAGAGAAAAGAAAAUUACUUAUGCAGAACCAGUCUUCAACAAAUCAUCCUGGAGCGAGCAUCGCACUCUCCAGACCUGCUCUGAAUAAGGACUUCCGGGAUCACGCCGAGCAGCAGCACAUAGCAGCCCAGCAGAAGGCAGCUUUGCAGCAUGCUCAUGCACAUUCAUCUGGAUACUUCAUAACUCAAGACUCUGCAUUUGGGAAUCUUAUUCUUCCAGUUUUACCUCGCCUUGACCCAGAAUGAAGAAAAUACUUGUGAUGAAAGUGACUUCGUAAUACCAAAUGCCAAAGCUACUAUCAUUCAGUGCUAUACAAACAGUGACUUUCAGAAUACCAGUGAACUUUUAUAUUUUUUGCUUCUUUAAAAAAAAGGAAUAUAUAAGUGAAAACAAAACAAAACAAAAAAAACGGUAACUAGGAUGAUAGAGAGCUUUAGGAGCGGUAUCGUCUGAGGAACUGAUUAUGCUGCCCAUGACAGCAACUGUUUUGAAAUGCUGUUUGAUUUUAACUCUAAAUCAGAUUCUGAAUUGGAUGGUGGUAUAAAAUCACACCCUACCCCCCAACAGGUUUGACUGAACAUAUCAUGUCCACACUAGAUUUUCAAGAGUCAUUUAUAGUACUUACCUUAAAGAAAUGAGGGUGCUUUAAAACAUGUGAACCAAUGGGCUUAAAUAAGUUACAUUCACAUUAGGUGUUUGGAGGAUUAGUAUCAGUAUACCUUUUGAUUUUACAGUUAACAAAAGAACCUGAAAUAUUCUUUGUGAACUUGUAUUUCCCCUAUUCUCAAUUCUAAACAAAAACUCAAGAUAAGACUAAAUUACCAAAUAGUCUUAUCUUUUAUAAACAUACGCCAUAAUAAAUGAUGUGACUAAAUGCUAUUAAAAAUAGUUAUAAUAAAUGUGGUGGCUUUUAAAUUUGUACAUGCUCUUAUGGAGCAUUACUAUAUAAAUGGUCUGCUUGUGUGGUUUUAUGGUCUAUUAUUGUUCUAAUUAAAACUUAUGCAAGUUGAGAUCACUAUUCAUUCCUUUGAAUAGGAAGGAGUUAAGUUUCUCAACACGACCAAUCAUCUCUACCAGACUCUGGGGUGCUUAUGUAAAUAUGCAGUCCCCACUACCCUACCCCGGUCCUACAGAAUUGGAAUCUGAUUAAAAAUAAAGUCUGAAAAUGAUGGGUUAGAGAAUUCUAUUAGGUAUCUUGUACAA